AUUCGUUCGAUGUGUUAUCUUUCUGAAACCCCAGAAAAGAGUAAAGAGUAAAGACCCUCUCAAAAGCCCGAAUUCUCGGACGGACCCAACACCAGACUACGACGACUCUCUGCAACAAUGCAGUACCUUUUUAACCGAGAAAAGGAGGAGGCCAUUAUCGUCUCUGCACUUGAGCACGUAAUCACUGGCCAAGCAGAAUUACUCCAAUAUGGCACGUCCUUACCGAGUGGGAUCACCGACGAACAACCCAUAAUGUUACCUCUCCCUGAAACUUGUCAAGUAUGCAAUGUGGACGGCUGUUUGGGCUGCAACCUCUUCCUGCCAACCGAAGGAGAUAAUGGUACUAAUAUACGGAGGAACAGGAAUAAGAAGAGUCCGUACAGAGGAGUACGGCAGAGGCCGUGGGGAAAAUGGGCGGCGGAGAUCCGGGAUCCGUGGAAGGCGGAGAGGAAAUGGCUUGGGACGUUCAGCACGGCGGAGGCGGCGGCGAGAGCUUAUGAUAGACAAAAUGUAAUGUUCCGAGGAGAAAAAGCAAAGCUCAAUUUCCCAUUAUCGGAGUAUAAAAAUGAGAUUAAAAUCUAUGAAAAGAAAACCAUUGAGAAUGAGAAGGCGAAGGAAGCAAUGGGGACUAAUAAUUUUGAAGGAGGAGGGACAUCCGCGCUGCGCGAUCAUAAUUACAAGGAACAGAGCAUGGUAGAGCAAGAACAGAGGGAGGAGCAGCAUCCGAGAUCAGAUGAAGAUAUAUUUGCAUUUUGCUGAGAUGAUGAUGAUGGAUUCAAUGCAAUAGAUUAAGAAGGGUGAGAUUAAUAGGAUAAUAAAAUAAUUAAUUCAAAGCUUAAACAUUGAAGAUGGAUAUUAGAAGGAUCUUUCACUGUUUUUGAGAAAAAAAAAAAACCUCCAGUUGUUUAGGAGGGAAAGCAUUAGGAAAUAUUUAAAAUGCGCGCGUCCUCCAUGAGGAGACUAAUCUCGAAGGUCAAAGUGUCUUGCCAGGUCAAAGCCUGAAUAUAUAUAUAUAUAUUUUUAUAUUGCUUCA